GAGAUCCUUUGGGCUUCCUUCACUCCAGAGCAACGACACAAACAGCAGCAGCCUGUCUUCUGUUUCUCUCUCUCUCUCUCUCUCUCUCUCUCUCUCUCUCUCUCUCUCUCUGUUUUCUCGUCUGUUGAAUUCGACCACUGCACACACUGAGGCUAUGGGUGAAGCGGAGGUCCUCUCCACACCUCACAACAUCCAAAUCAGUGAUGUGACCUGUGACUCGUUCCGGGUUGCGUGGGAGAUGACCCCUGAGGACACGGCCCGUGUGACGCAUUACUUUAUUGAUCUGAGUCGGAAAGAGGGAGGAGAGCAGAACCGCUUCAAACACAGGGAUGUGCCCACCAAGCUGGUGGCCAAGGCGGUUCCUCUGCCCAUGGCAGUACGAGGCCACUGGUUCCUGAGCCCUCGGACCGACUACUGCGUGGCCGUGCAGACAGCAAUUCGACAACCGGACGGAGACUACCAGGUCUCAGAGUGGAGUCAGGUGGUGGAGUUCUGCACUGGAGAUUAUGCAAUGGACCAUCUACAGCAGCUUUUCGACAAAGCUCAGGGAGCCGCUGGGAGAAUGCUCCAGUUCUCAGUGUUCUACCGCAACCAGCAUCCUGAAUACUUCCACUUUGUGAGAACAGAAUGUGGAGGUGUGAUGCCUCUAUCUCUAAAAGACAACAGCGGCAGCCACGGCUCCCCCAUCAACGGAAAGCUGGGUGGCGUCUUCCUCAGCUGCAAUACUGAAUUUGACACAGGUCUCCCACCCAAGGAUUCCCCCUACGGCCCCCUGCGCUUCCACAUCUCUGCCGGACACCUUCUGAACCCCAACACCCACCUCUACUUCGCUGACUUCUACUGCAUGUACACCGCCUAUCAUUAUGUAGUGUUGGUGCUGGCGCCUGCGGGUUCUGAGGGGGAUCGUUUCUGCAGUGGACGGAUGCCACUGCUGGACAUAACAGCCAAUCCCUUCCUGAUUUACGUCCCGGGGCCGGAACCAACGUUUCGCCAUGCCAGCGAUGUUAUACUGGAGGUCUUGUACACAGAGCCUUUAGCCCUGGACCAGGGCACACUGCAGCAGAUCAGUGGCCAUCACCAGCUCAUGAGUCUCUCCACCGCCAAUGCCAAGAAAGACCCCAGCUGCAAGGUGUGCAACAUCAGUGUGGGGCGCUGAGCUGAGAGGAACGCCUCCAGAAGAGGUGAAAUACAGAUGGAACUUUGAUCGACUGUGGAAAAUCUGAAUCCUUACUCAGUUCUCGUUCAUUUCUUGGAGGAGAUGGUUUCAAUCAACAAAUGAAUCUCCCAGGCGAAAGACAAAAGAUGAAGCCUGAGGCAUUCUCAUCCAAAACUAAAGAACCUUAUUUUGAUCUAGCAUGGAUAUAGCUAUGAAACUAAGCCAUAAGAUGUACAUACUGCCAAAUAUCAUAUAUGUCACCACUGUUACGCAAAAACCUCAUAUCCUCAACAUGUACACUUUAAAGAAGAAGUAGAAGAAGAAGAAAAAAAAAAUCCUAAAGUUUAGUGGAGAUCAUCUGCCAGAUUGGCAUUAUUGUAAAGAGUAAAAGUAGACAAAAAAAUGGAGAGAAAAAAGGUUUUUGAAUGCUAGUGAUAAUAUAAAUAUAUAAAUAUACAGCUAUGGAAGAAAAUUAAGAGUUUCUGAAUCAGUUUCUCUGAUUUUGCUAUUUAUAGGUAUAUGUUUGAGUAAAAUGAACAUUGUUGUUUUAUUCUAUAAACUACGGACAACAUUUCUCCCAAAUACCAAAUAAAAAUAUUGUCAUUCAGAGCAUUUUUUUGCAGAAAAUGAGAAAUGGAUGAAAUAACAAAGUAAAUACAAAGAUUUAAGAUGUUCUCCUCCACCAGUCUUACAUACUGCUUUUGGAUAAAUUUAUGUCACUCCUAGUGCAAGAGUUCAAGCAGUUCAGCUUGGUUUAAUGGCUUGUGAACAUCCAUCUUCCUCUUGAUUAUUUUCCAAUGUUUUUUUAAUUUGGUAAAAUCGAAGAAACUCAUCAUUUGUAAGUGGUCUCUUAUUUUUUUAGUAAAGAUCGUGAUCGAAAUUGUAUCCUCUCCUUUCCAAGUGACUUCAGUCAUUGCUGAAAUGUAUAUUACUUUUUAUUUUGCUCUGUGGGGACCAUAGAAAUAGAUAGGACUUCAUGGGCAUUGAAACAUGAGCGGCCCCCCAAUAUGAAAAUGGCAUUCAACGAUUAAAAAACAUACAAUGAAA